CCACCAUCUGUCAGCCGAUCAUCAUCAUCACUAAAUACCAGUUUUCCUUCUCUGUUUUGAAAUCCCUACGAAAUCAGAAACCGUUUUCUGAGGCUAAUCGCGUAGAUCGGUCAAUCUCGUCGUCACCCCCAUUAGUUUCUAUUUCCCGUUCUUCUUAUUUUCUUGGGAAAUUGUCCCUCUCCAGUUUUCCCUCUUCGCGCGACCGAGCGGAAACCCGUAUUUCGUUUUCCUCUGCUCGAGACGGUCGAUAUGGAGCAGAAGCAGUUUCUGUUGUCGGCGUUGGGCGUCGGCGUGGGAGUAGGUGUGGGGCUGGGGCUGGCGUCGCCGUCGAUGAGCAAAUGGGCCGGCGGGAACGCUUCCGCGGCGAACGUCGUGACGGGAGAUAAGUUGGAGCACGAACUGUUGAGACAAGUGAUUCAUGGAAGAGAAAGCGGCGUUACCUUUGCCGAGUUUCCUUACUACCUCAGUGACCAAACCCGAACAUUGCUGACUAGUGCUGCCUAUGUCCACUUGAAACAUGCCGAAGUUUCAAAGUACACGAGGAACCUUUCACCUGCUAGUCGAACUAUACUGCUCUCUGGCCCUGCAGAACUUUACCAGCAAAUGCUUGCCAAAGCUUUAGCCCACUACUUUGAUGCUAAACUGCUGAUGUUAGAUAUAACAGACUUUUCUCUCAAGAUUCAGAGCAAGUACGGCACAAGCAAGGAAGCCACUUCUUUUAUGAGAAAGUCAACUUCAAUGGAGCGGCUGUCUGGUUUCCUGGGAUCCUUGUCCAUACUGUCCCAGGAUAGGGAACCUUUGGAUGGUCUUCUUGUUGCAGGUUCUGGUACUCUACGUAGGCAACACAGUGGAGUAGACCUCUCAUCAGCAAGAGGGAUGGAAGGUUCCUCUAAUCUCCCCAAGCUACGAAGAAAUGCCUCUACCUCUAAUAUGAACAUGCUAGCCUCACAAUCUGCUUCUGCUAAUACAGCUCCUUUGAGGCGACAAAGCAGCUUAUCUUUCGACGAGAAGCUUCUCAUUCAGUCUCUCUACAAGGUCCUGGUCUACGUCUCCAAAACCAGUCCCAUUGUGCUCUACCUUAGGGACGUGGACAAGUUCUUGUCACGUUCCCAGAGAAUCUACAACCUGUUCAACAAAAUGCUGAAGAAGCUGUCUGGUUCGGUGCUGAUCCUCGGUUCUCGAAGCGUGGAUCUCGAGAGCGAGUACAGGGAGGUCGACGAGAGACUCACCAUUCUCUUCCCUUACAACAUCGAGAUCAAGCCGCCAGAAGAUGAGAACCAACACAUCAACUGGAAGUCCCAACUAGAGGAGGACAUGAAGAUGAUUCAAGUUCAGGACAACAGAAAUCACAUCAUGGAAGUUCUCUCGUCCAACGAUCUCGAUUGCGAUGAUUUGGAUACUAUCUGCAUGGCUGACACGAUGGUUCUUGGUAACUACAUUGAGGAGAUUGUUGUGUCAGCUAUUUCGUAUCAUUUGAUGAACAACAAGGAUCCUGAUUACAGGAAUGGAAAACUCAUCAUCUCAUCUAAGAGUCUGUCUCAUGGAUUGAGCAUAUUCCAAGAGGGCAAGUCUGUUGGCAGUAUCAAGUUAGAAGCUCAGGCUGCACUCCCAAAGGCUGACGCGGUAGUACCAGAAAAGAAAGCCGAUACAGGGACACCAGGAAAAGGAGCCAAACCAGAAAACACUGCUCCACCGCCACCAAAAGCUCCAGAGGUUGCACCAGACAACGAAUUCGAGAAGCGGAUAAGGCCGGAAGUGAUACCAGCAGACGAGAUCAACGUAACCUUCGCUGACAUCGGUGCUCUAGAAGAAACCAAGGAGUCACUGCAGGAGCUGGUGAUGCUUCCUCUGAGACGACCAGACUUAUUCAAGGGCGGACUCCUGAAGCCAUGCAGGGGAAUCCUGCUCUUUGGACCCCCUGGCACGGGCAAAACAAUGCUCGCCAAGGCCAUCGCUCGAGAAGCUGGAGCCAGUUUCAUUAACGUGUCGAUGUCUACAAUUACAUCGAAAUGGUUCGGUGAGGACGAGAAGAACGUCCGAGCACUGUUCUCGCUUGCAUCGAAGGUCUCGCCUACGAUCAUUUUCGUGGACGAGGUUGAUAGCAUGCUCGGGCAGAGAACCAGGGUUGGAGAGCAUGAGGCCAUGAGGAAGAUCAAGAAUGAGUUCAUGACUCACUGGGAUGGCUUGGCGACGAAGCAAGGUGAAAAGAUCCUUGUUCUUGCUGCGACGAAUCGUCCGUUCGAUCUCGAUGAGGCUAUCAUCCGGCGUUUCGAGCGCAGGAUCAUGGUGGGGCUUCCAUCUGUGGACAACCGGGAAAUGAUAAUGAAGACCCUGUUGUCGAAGGAGAAGGUUGACGAACGGCUGGAUUUCAAGGAGCUGGCUGUGCUAACUGAAGGCUACUCUGGGAGUGAUCUAAAGAAUUUGUGUACUACCGCUGCUUAUCGACCAGUUAGGGAGUUGAUACAGCAAGAGAGGAAAAGGGAUAUGCAUCAAUACUGCAUAUCUUAUUUUGGGUUGCAGGAGAAAAGGAAGAAAGCUGCAGAAGGACAAAAGAAUGCAGAGGAAGAUACAGAGUCCGCUGCAAAAGGAGAAAAGGAGGAGAGAGUGAUUACCCUUCGGCCGUUGAACAUGGAAGACUUCAGGCAGGCUAAGAACCAGGUUGCAGCAAGCUUUGCGUCAGAAGGAUCGAUAAUGGCGGAGUUAAAGCAGUGGAAUGACUUGUAUGGUGAAGGUGGCUCGAGGAAGAAGGAGCAGCUCUCCUACUUCUUGUAAUACUAAUGGUUUAUCCAUCCACUAACCAGAAAAGAACUAGGGGGUUAGUUCUGUGCAAGCCAAGAAUAUGGCUUUUUUAAAAUACUGUAAAACAUUAAGAGUUAAGACUAGUAUGUAUGUAUAUAGAUGAUGAAUGUAUUCAGGAAGAUAGAAAGGGCAAUCAGAUAAAAGUCUGCAGGCAGCUCCCUCACCUUUUGGGGAAUAAGAUGAGCUGAGCCGUGUCAGAGACCAAUUUUGUUUGCUGUUCUUCUGUUGUUUUCGUUAUUGUUGUUAGUUACUUGUUCAAGCAUUUAUGGAACUGAACUCUGCUCUCUGUUCAACUUUGGGACGAGAAUCAUGCUUUCUGUUUCCAGCAGAAGGUAGUACAACGUCCAACUUGAGUAAACAGAAUAUUUCCUGUUAGUUUCUCAGAAAGCGAGCCGUGGAUACGUAACAAUUACAUCAAGCCUGCCCCUUUUCACCACAACAGCUCAAACAGCCGGUGCUGAACUCUAGGCUGUCGAGUUCUUGGAACAGAGACUUCACAACAGAAGCAUGAAAAUGGAACCCACAAUUUCUUGAAACGACCAUCCGCACAACUCUGGCCUCGACUCUCUGCAUUUCGUCUAUCUAGGUGGAAAAGCAAACAGGCCACAUGUGGUAACUGUUCCUUUACAUCAACCCUUCCCUCUUCUGGCAAAUCCAACUUGCUACUUUCCCCUUCACCCAACGGUCAACUUACCUUCCACAGUAACACCAACCAUUUAACAACAAACAAAAACAAAAUAAAAACUUGAACGAGCCAACCAAAAGGCCAGCUUACAGAUAGAUUAUCUGUGAAGAGAAAACUAUUUCUAUUUCUCAAAGUGUGCAUCAUUGAAUCCUAUUCAUUCUUGAGAAUACCAAAACAGGGGCUCGUGAAUACAGAGAAGAAAUUAACUUCAUAAUCUCAUUCUUGCACAAAUUACAUCCUUACCUUCAACACCAUGAUGUUUAGAUUAAGAUUAGGACGACAGGAGCACGUGGGAGAUUGAUCAUCAGUUUGCUGUAUUAGAACACAGCUAAUGUGAAGUGAAUUCAGAUUUGACAAUGAUCGAAGCACCAUUAG